UAUUUCCUUUGAGUGAGGUCAAUAAUGCGUAAAGCAUUUCCGGAAAGUGAGGUCGUCUUGUGAAAAUCCACGACACGUAGCCUGUGAAGUCCCAUAAAAGGCAAAUGGUUAAUUGUUGCAUUCGUCGUUAUUCUUGCCUAUUUCAUAUACAUAUGAAAGCUAUUAUAGGGUUUAUAUAGAUUUUAUUCGGUUCCUAUCGGAAAGGGAGUAUUGAAUAGAAGACUAAUUCAAUUGAAUGAGAAGUGUAAACCGAAAUAGAUGGGGGAGGUGAGAAAACUGCAGAAGAAGUUGAGACAGAUUGAGAAUCUGGAGAUCAAGGCUUCUCUUACAACAGAGGAGAGAGUUAAGGUCUCAAAAAAGGCGGAGCUUCGCGCCAGAUUGGCUGAGCUGCUGCUGCAACUUUCUGGCCCCCAGCAAACCCAAAGCAUUGUGGGAAAGGAGAGUGAGAAGAUGAAGAGACAAGUGGUGGAGAAUCCUGCGGCUCUCUCUGUCCAGUCACCAGCUCCCAAGAUGCCCAGAGCUGCAAGCCCAGAAACAGGAAAUGGACAGGAGGAAGGGGAGUCGGAAGAAGAACCAGAUUCACAAGUCAUUCCAGCCUCAACAGAAACCAGCAGCUGGCAACAACAAGAAGAAUCAGAAGUUUCAACCCUUCAAGCAUCCUGGGAAGCGACGAGAUUUCGGCUUCGAACUCUCGAGGGUCACAGUGACAUAAUCACUUGCGUGAUUGCCGUGGACAACCUUGUGAUCUCUGGCAGCCGCGAUACGACAGUGAAAGUGUGGCAUGUUCCCACGGCAACAGAGCAGCGCAAUCUGGGGGGUCACACUGGUGGAGUCACCUGUCUCUGUGCACCCCCUCCGGAGUUCUGCAGGAGGAUGGCACGGUUUCUGGACCUCAGUGAAAAGGAGAGAUUCAUCCUCAGUGGCGCCAGUGACUGCUGCGUGAGCAUCUGGGUGCUCAGUUCAGGGCAAUGUGUCAAAUCCAUCUACACCUUCAGCGCUGUGACAGCCAUCUGCUUCGUUCCCGAGGGGCACGGAUAUAUCAUCACUGGAUCAGAUGGAGGCAAGGUCCAGGCGUGGAGCUGGCAGUCCAUGGAUAACUGUCAAUCAGUCAACGCGCACGAGGAGGCCAUCACCGCCCUACAGUCCCAGGGUCCCCUGGUGUUCAGCGGCUCGGCAGACGGCAGCCUGUGUGUGUGGGAGGUGCAUCCUUCCUCGCACGGAAGCCCCCUGCAGCGGCUCCAACAGUGGGGUCCCUCAGUGACGGGGUGUGGAGGCACCCAGACGGGUCACGGGGGCUCACACCGCGGGCAUCUGGCGCUCAGUCCGCGUGGCGACCGCGUCUUCAUGGCCAGCGGCAGAGCCAGCAUCAGGGUCCUCGACUGGAGGAAGGGCACGGUGUCUAGAAUGACCAAUCACAGUAGCACAGCCGGGGUGACGGAUUGCAUCAAUCAGACAUCUGGCCUACUGAUUGGCUCUUGCUUUGAUCUGGCUACUGGAGAGAGCACGUUGAACUUGUUCACGCUUCCCCGGUGCAGGUACCUUGUUUCUCUUAUCUCACCUGAGACACCCAGAAUCCUUUGCUUCUCGAUGUGGCGGACCGCCAGUGGAGACCACCGCUGGGUGACGGGGGGUCGGGAGCUCACGGUGUGGGAGCAGCUCCCAUCCAAGACGAAGCAGAAGGGAGACGUUGCAGUGAAGCGAGACAGCCGAUUGGACAGUUCACUGAUGGAAUCUGAAGAGGACUCGGAGGGGGAAGUGGACGAGGAGAGUGAUGACUACAGUGAG